UUAACGGUCAUAUCGAAAACGAAUAUCCCUAUUCCCUACUGUCUCGUUCGCUCCGUAAUUUUCGGGUUCGUUACAAACGCGCAAUUAAUACAAAUGCACAUUCAAUACGUGCAUAUUAAUUAAUAUUCACAAACCUGAUAUUUUGAAAUCGAAAUGGACAAUUUCGAAUCUACUUUUCUUCGUUGGAUAUGUUUGUUUGACGAAUUUAAAGACAAUGAAUACUCAAAUAUAAAAAAUCUUGUAUCGAGUACAUCGUUUAAACAAUUUGUUGAUAAUGUAUUUUGUUUAAAAUGUUCUUCAACUUUGAGCACAGAAAAUACACAAGUUUAUAACACUAUAAAAGUGAACUAUUGUGAGUUUGAAGUCCAAAAGUAUGAAGAAUUAUACAAUGAAGAAAAUUCAAUUUACACUUGUGUCGUGGUUUUACUACAUGCAUUAUUAAAAUGCACAAAUGACAAAUACAGAAAUCAGUUGAGUGAAAGAAUGAAUAAUGAAGAGCAAGAAUUACUAGCAAAUUUCUUAAAAGCUACACAAUCCUUAUUGUUCACCAAACAAAAUAUUUCUGAAGCACUUAUGUUAAUAAGUGAUUCUAAGCAUACUUCUAUUAAUGUUUCAGAAAUAUGUUCAAAUAACAACACACCAAUCAGAUCAAAAUCAAUGCGCCGAAGCUAUUUACAAGAAUUUUGUGAGUCACCAAAAUCACAAUGUUUAAUAAAUCAAGAGAAAGAAAAAUAUAUUACCAAACUUACUGAAGAUUAUAAAAAUGAAUGUGAAGAAAACUAUAAGUUGGCUGAAAAUGUCAAGUAUCUAAAAGAUCUUAAUACUAAACUAAGUAAUAAAUUAGAAGAUAAAGAUAAAAUAUUACAACUACUGAAAGAUGAGAUCAAAGAAUAUUCCAAACCAAACCAGUCUCCAGAAAAUAAAACAGAUAAUUCAUUAAUUAUAAAAAAAUUAAAUAGAGACAAAAUAGAUUUGGAGAUGAAUUGUAAUGAAUUAAAGCAACAAAUAACAGAACUUGAUAAAAAACAUAAAGAGCUUAAUGGAAAAUUUGAAACAAAAACUUCAGAUUAUAAUAAUCUUAUUUUAAUGUUUGAUAAUAUUGAAAGUGAAAAUAUGAUGUUAAAAAACAAUUUAAAAUUAUUUGAAGAAACCAUACAAGCAAAAGACACCGAAAUAACUUCUUUAAAAGAUGAAUUAUGUAAUAAAUCAAUUACAAAUAAUCCAACAAAUAUAUGUGGUCAGGAAUCCAAUUCUAUGCCUUCAAAUACAUUAUUUAAUGAAUUGAGUUGUCUAAAAUUAGAAGAAAUAACACAUGAUAAAGAAAAAUACAGACAUAAGUACAAAUCAAUAAAAAAAGAAUUAUCAAAUACUGAAAUACAUGUUGAAGAAUUGAAUGAGAAGAUAAUUAUAUUAGAAAAAAAGUUGAAUGAUAAUGAAACUCACAAGGAUGAACUGAUAGACCAAUUCUCAAACAAAGUAAAAGAACUUCAAGAAUGUCAAAAGAAAAAAAAUAAUUUAGAAUCAAAAAUUAAGCAUCUUAAAGAUACUAUUAAAGACAAUGAAAAUCAUAUUGAAUCCCUGUGCUCUAAGUUAAAUAAAAGAGAAAAACAGAUAGAAACUUUGUCUGGUGAAAUAGAUUCUGUUAAAAAAUCAAAAACUAUGAUUGAAUUAAUUUUAAGCAAAACUAAUACAGAAAUUGAAGCAAUACACGAAGAACAUGAUGAAAAAAUAAAAAAUUUACAAUCAGUUAUAGAAGAAUAUAAAAAUUCAGAAAAAUUAUCUCAUCAAAACUAUAUUGACUUAGAAAAUAAUAUGAAAAAUAUUGAAGAUAACUUAGCAAAUAAAGAACAUAUUAUCAUUUUUUAUGAAGAAAAAAUGGCUGAAAAUUACCAUAUUAUGGGUACUCAAGAAGAACAAUUGAAAACUAUGUAUCAAGAAAAGCUAUUAUUAGAAUCUCAUUUAAAAAAUUUAAAAAUAGAAAUCGAAACACAACAAAAAAAAUUCAGUGACAAAAAUCAUGAGAUGGAAAACUGUUUAGAAUAUUAUCUUGAUGAGUUGAAAGAUGUCAAAAAUGAAAAAACAAAAAUUGAAGAAAUUUUACUUUGUAAAAAAAAUGAAAUAGAACAACAACUAGACCUUAUCAACUAUCAAAAAUAUGUAAUUAAAACAUUAGAAUCAGAACAAUGUAGUCAACAGCUCAUCAUAAAUGAUCUUAAUGAAGUUUUGCAACAAAAAUCUUCUGAAAAUAAAGAUUUAAGUGCGAAAGUACAGGAAUCUACAUUAAAUUUAAAUAAAUUAAAUGAACAACUUAAUGUAGCUCUGGCUGAUAAUAAUACUUUAGAAACAAAUUUGAAAGAAAAUGAAUUGCAAAUGAAAACUUUAAAAGAAGAAUUUCAGUGUCAAAUUAAUGAUAUGAAAAAUGAAUUAGAAAAUCAAAACAAUCAAUGUAUAAUAAAAAUUGAGAAAUUACAAGAUACUCUAGAAAAAAAACAGAAUGAUUUUAAUGAUCAACUUAUUAUAUGUAAUAAACUAACUGAAACCAUUUCUCAGUUACAAGUAGAAAAAUACGACUUAGAGGAAAAAUUAAAGUCAAUUGGUCAAGAUUUAAAUCAAAAGCAGAUACAAUUUGAACAAACUAUUGAAGAAAAUAAUAAACUGAAACAAACUGUUGAUUAUACUGAAAAUCAAUGUGUUGAUUUACAACAUAAAUUAAAAGAAUUGGAAAACAUUUUAUUAAAAAAAGAAGAAGACAUUAAACUAUUAAAAGUUGAUAUAUCAGAUUAUUCAGAUUCCAAAGAAAACUUACAGAAAGAAAUUAUUGAAGUACAGCAAGUUUUGAAUAAUAAAAAUAUUGAGUUAGAAAAUAAAAUUCAACUAUACAAUGAGCAAAGAGAAACAAUUGUAAAAUUGAACUAUGAAAAAGAAUGUCUUAGUGAUAAAAUAAAAAACCUUGAAGAUUCUUUAUCUCAUAAUGAAUACAAAUUUAAUUUAUCCGAAGGAAAAUUAUACGAUUGUAGUAACACAAUUGAUAAUUUGGAAAAAAAAAUUAACGAGAUGAAAAAUGAAAAGUCAUUUUUAGAAUUAGAAUUAAAUGAAACUAUUACUAAAUUAUCAAAUGCGAACCAAGAUCUUGCACUGCAGCUAGAAAUUAAUGAAACAAAUUUAUUAGAAACUCGAGAAAAAUUAAUUCUUGAACAAAAUGAGUUAAAAAAACAAAUGGAAAAGUCAAAUGAACAAUUAAAAACAAUAUCUAUUUUAAAUGUUGAAAAAGAUAAGUUAGAAGAAGAAACCAAUAAACUUCAAAAAUCCUUAAAUUUAAAUGAUGAUACUUUAAAAUCAUUGCAAGAAAAAGUUCUUAUUUGUGAAAAACAGUAUGAAGAAUUACAAACAUUGAAUACAAAUUUAGUAUCUGAACUCAGUGAAAACCAAUUGAAAUUAAUCAAUUUACACCAGGAGUCUAAGCAACAACUUGAAGAUAUGAAUUCCAAAUACAUUGAAGUACAAGAAAAAUUAAUUCUUGAACAAAAUGAGUUAAAAAAACAAAUGGAAAAGUCAAAUGAACAAUUAAAAACAAUAUCUAUUUUAAAUGUUGAAAAAGAUAAGUUAGAAGAAGAAACAAAUAAACUUCAAAAAUCCUUAAAUAUAAAUGAUGAUACUUUAAAAUCAUUGCAAGAAAAAGUUCUUAUUUGUGAAAAACAGUAUGAAGAAUUACAAACAUUGAAUACAAAUUUAGUAUCUGAACUCAGUGAAAACCAAUUGAAAUUAAUCAAUUUACACCAGGAGUCUAAGCAACAACUUGAAGAUAUGAAUUCCAAAUACAUUGAAGUACAAGAAAAAUUAAUUCUUGAACAAAAUGAGUUAAAAAAACAAAUGGAAAAGUCAAAUGAACAAUUAAAAACAAUAUCUAUUUUAAAUGUUGAAAAAGAUAAGUUAGAAGAAGAAACCAAUAAACUUCAAAAAUCCUUAAAUUUAAAUGAUGAUACUUUAAAAUCAUUGCAAGAAAAAGUUCUUAUUUGUGAAAAACAGUAUGAAGAAUUACAAACAUCGAAUACAAAUUUAGUAUCUGAACUCAGUGAAAACCAAUUGAAAUUAAUCAAUUUACACCAGGAGUCUAAGCAACAACUUGAGGAUAUGAAUAUCAAAUAUAUUGAAGUACAAGAAAAAUGUAAUAAGAAACAGAUUGAACUUGAUGAAUACAUUACUAAAUAUAACUGCCUCAUGAAAACCAUUACUAAUUUAACCACAGAAAGAGAUGAUUUGAUAAAUAAAACUGAUGUGCUCGAGAAUACUUUAUUAAAUAAAGAUAUUGAUAUUACAGCUAACCAAGAAAAAUUACUUAAGUAUGAAGAAAUGAAUAAUAGAAUAAUAACUGAAAAGACUGUAAUGGAAGUGGAUUUAACUCAGCGUCUUGAAGAAAUGGAUACAAAAUUAGCUGACUUACAAGAAGAGCUACGUAUUGUGCAUUUAAGUUUAAAAACUCAGAAAGAAGAAAAUGAUCAACAUUUAAAGACUAUCUUUGUUUUGACUUCAGAUAAAGAUAAUUUAAUAAAUGAAACAAAAACACUUAAAGACUGUUUAUUAGAAAAAGAAAAAAAUUUAACAUUAAAUGAUACAAAAUUGAUUGGGUUUGAAACACAAUUGAAUGAACUACAAAGUCAAAAAAGUUACUUAGAAGCAGAACUCAAUGUUACUAAAGAACAAUUAGAUAACAUUCAACAAAAAUUAAUAGUGACAAAUAAAAAUUUACAAGAAGUUGAAAAACAGCAUAAUAAUUUGCAAGAAGAAUUGGAUAUACAGAACAAAUGUUCAAUUGAACAAUUAGAGAAAAUCAAUUCAUUAACGAGCGAGAAAAAUAAUUUUAUAAAUGAGACAAAUAAGCUCAAAGAAAACUUAGCUCAAAAUGAAAUUGAUUUAGAGUUAACUCAAAAUAAAUUACAGGAUUAUGAUAAACAAAAUAAUGAAAUAGAAAGUCGAAAUACAUUGUUAUUGACAGAAUUGAAUCAACUGAAAUGUCAGUUGAAUAACUUGCGUCAAGAAUCCACUGAAGAAAUCGAUAAGAUCAAUAAAAAAAAUUUGGAAGCUCAAGAACAAUUUAGCCAUAAGCAAUCUGAAAUGAAUGAACAAAUUAAACUAAAGAAUGACUUAAUUAAAGAUAUCUACCAGAAAAUAAAUUAUUUAAAAAAUAUGAAAGUUGAAUUGGAAUCAAUACUAAGGAAAGAAAAACAAAAUUUUGAAACUUAUUUGAAUUAUUCAUUUAACCAUAUUAAAAACAACCCCAAAGUAGAUAAUCAUCAUGAUUCUUUAAUCGAAGUUAUAACUUCUGCAGAUACAUUUAUUGAACAAAAUGGUAUUCAACUAACUCAAGUUGAAAACUGUGAUGAAUACUCUAUUAUUGAAAAGGUGAAAAAAAUAUUUGAAGCAUUGAAAAUGUUUAUAAUCAGUUUAAAAUCACAAGGAAAUGAUCAAGCAAUUGAUUAUACUAAAAAUGAAUCUAAUGAAACUUAUACUGAAUUACUUGCUUUAACGAAAACUCAACAAGCAACCAUUAAAGAAUUAGAAGCUGGAAUUACAACAUUAAAAUCAGAAUGUAAUUACAAAAUGACAAAAGUGCAACAAAAAACUCAAGAGUAUGUAACCUCAGAAUAUGAAAAGAAGUUUGAAAGAAAGCGAGAACAAAUGAAACAAUUUUGUAAAGAUUUAGAGGCAAAAAUUCAUCAAGAUUAUGAAUUUAAACUGUCAAAAUACAAAGACAAAAUAACCAAAGAUGAAAUACAUAUUAAAGAACUUGGUCGUCAGCUAUGGGAAGUUAGUGAUAAAUAUUUAAGGUUACAACAAAAAGACAGAAGAGAAUCAACUAUAUCUUUACCACCAUUUGAAAUGUCAAUGAUAUCUGAAACAACAACUACUCUCCCAAAAUAUAAUUCUUUUACAUUGCCAAAGUCUAACUCAGUCGGUCAAAUCAAAUCACUAGUUGAAGAGAGCACUCGUCCUUAUGAUAAUACUAAACGAAAUGUGCCUGCAGGAAUCGGUAAAAAAUUCAGCUUAUCGUCUGGUAAAAUAUUUCCAAAAGAAGAAGAUGAGGAAGGUGAAAUGUUCAACCACUCGUGUCUUUCAGAUCUAAAACAAGGUAAAGUAAGACUCAGUGAUAAUAAAAAACAACACAAUGAAAGACUGUCAGAACUACAAGCCCGAAACUCGCUUUGCCCACCACAUUUAAGAAGCUGUUACGCUGCAGAAACCAAUUUCUUGCCAAACACUUCGUUAGUUACAGAAGAAGACAUUAAGACAACAGCUAAUUUUAGUGAUUAUGAGACUGAAAACCUUAUCCCAAAUGAUCGUACCAAGAAAAAAGAUAGAAAUCAGACAUCCUAUAAAAAACCAGGACCACCAACUCCAAGCAAAAAUGGAGGCCGUGUUUCUUUAACGAGCAAUCAAAAAAACACAUUAAAAGAAUCUAAAGAAACAAAUACAAACAAAAGGCGAGCCAGUAGUACACCAAACAAAUUAUUUAGCUUAUUUAUGAGCAAAAAGAAUUAAUUAUAUGUGUAAUGUUAAUUCUUAUGUUAAAUUUUCAAUAUGUAAAUAAUAUUAAUUAUUGCACAACUAUAUUUAUGUUUUAUUAGUUUAUUACACUUUUUUUUAUGAUAUUUUCAUUGUCAAUAUUAUUAUUAAAAUGUAUUUACAUUUUUUUAUUACUAUAA